AUGGCUCUUAACCUGGUGUUCCUUUGCAACAUCGUCCGAGUUCUGUGGGUGAAGCUCCAGGCUGGCCCGUCUCAUCUGUCCAACAGUACGCCAUCGCGAACGCUUUUGCAGGCGUUCAGGGCUACGCUUUUGCUGUUGCCUUUGCUAGGGCUUCACUACCUGCUCACACCGUUCCGGCCGCCCAAACAACAUCCCUGGGAACCGUUUUAUGAGGUCGUGUCCGCCACCACGUCAUCGUUCCAAGGACUCUGUGUAGCAACGUUAUUUUGCUUUCUAAAUGGAGAGGUCGUAGCCCAGAUCAAGAGACGGUGGCAAUUCAUGUUUUUCCGGACGAGGGCCAACUCGUACACAGCAACAACGGUCUCGUUUGUAAGAUCGACCGCAGGCCCAGGCGAUAACGAAGAUAAGGUUUAG